CGUGACCCCCUUCUCACACGCACGCUAACUGCACGGGCAGUUUUUUCUUCAAAUUUUUUUAACUCAACCGUCAAAGUGGCUAACCACAAUCACCACCACCAUGACCUGCGGUCCGUCGCAGCAGCCGCUGCCGUCGCGUACCCGGACGCUCGGCCCAACGAUUACUUGGGCUACUGUGACCCGGCCGCAGUCAACCUGUGGCGCAUGGUUGUGCCCCGCGGGGGCGGCCCGGCUCACCACCCAGAAUCCAUCGCACCGCAUCAGCCACCGACCACGACCGCCGCCACCGCCGAACCCCCUCACUGGGGCUACGGACCGUGGAGUUCGAUGCCCGCUCCGCCACCGACUUCCCGUCACCAUCACCAAGGCGUCAAAAGACAUUUUAAUGAGAGCGACGAUUGCGACGAUGCAUUUUCCGAAGAGUCCAGCAAAGACCAUUGUUCUUCUCCCGGAGACGGUACCGAAACACCCCACAUGCUCACCCGGAAGAAACGCCGGGGCAUCAUCGAAAAGAGACGCCGUGAUCGCAUCAACACCAGCUUGUCCGAACUCAGACGACUUGUGCCCACAGCGUACGAAAAACAGGGUUCGGCAAAAUUGGAAAAGGCUGAAAUCUUACAACUCACAGUCGACCAUUUAAAAAUGAUUCACGCAAAAGGUCUAGACACGUUGGCCUACGACCCGUCGAAGUACGCGAUGGACUACCACAACAUCGGGUUCAGAGAAUGCGCCACCGAGGUGGCCAGGUACUUGGAGUCAGUGGAGGGCAUGAAUGGCCGGGACCCGCUGCGCGAACGGUUGUUGUCACACUUGCAGUACUUUGCGGCGCAGCGCGAGUACGCGGCCAAGUCACCGGCCGCUGCUGGACACCACAAUGCCCCGCCACCACCGCCAAGUUGGUACGGCGGUCAUCACGUUGGGGCUCCGCCGCCGCCGCCACCACCACCACCGCCGACACUUCCGCCGACGCACCAUUACCCGUCGACGACUUCGCCGCACCAACAACAACAACAGCAGCCACCGCCGUUGACCCUUCCUCCACCGCCGCCGCCGCCCAGCCACAACAACAAUAAUUACGAGACGUCAGCGACAGCCGUGGACGGUAUCAAGUCAGCGGCGGAAGCGGAUGCAGCCGGUCUCACCACCCUGUCGUCCGUCCCGGCGGACUAUCACCAUCACCACCACCAUCACCAACAGCAGCGACAACACGAACAACAGCACCACCACCGCAGUCGCGACGACUACCAGCACCAACACCAGCACGGCGGCGGUGCCGGAAACCAAUUGCACAACUUGCAACCUGUUCAACCGCCGCCGCAGCCGCCGUCGGGCUAUCACGAAGCUGCCAUGCACCAACAGCACCACCAACAACAACAGCAACAACAACAAUACCAAUCCGAUUCAUCCGUUUCCGCACAGAUGAAACCCUACAGACCUUGGGGUGCUGAAGUGGCGUACUAAAUACUCCUCCUAAUCCAACUGCAGUAAACAUGUUUACUAAGCUCAUCUCGCUAAUAUUAAUAAAUGGCGUACGAGUAUAUAUGUGACAACUUUAUCAGAGUUUUUCUCAUAUGAAAUGUUUUACCGUGAAUUAUUACCUAUAUAAUAUAUGACUGUUAUUAUUAUUAACAAAUAAUAAUACAUAAUAUUAUCAUAAACCGUAUUCUAGUCAACGACCUUAACCAAAGCCAUUUUCGUUUUUUGUACUUAUACAUAUUAUAUAUUUAUAUUAUAUAGCAAUAAUUAACUUUGCUAGUCAGAGUGCAAUUGCAGCAGAUGUAAAUAUAUCAGCCGACCGAUAUAUUGUUCCGUGUUCACUGUUUUCAUUAUACAAAUAUUAUAUCAUUGAAUAAAUAACGCGUCGUGAAGAAAUGCAAUCGAUAAGCGACUUUUUUUAAGUUUUAAGUUUUAUGUAUAUUUUUAUAUUUUUUUUGUGUACUUUAAGAGUCUUACACCGGAAGAGUUUUAUUUUGGACACGUAAGAUAAUCCUAAUUUAUUUAUAAAGAUUAUUUUAUACGAUAUGAUAAAAAAUUAUUUGUUAAACGUAUUGUUUUGUAUACUUUACAAAAUAUAUAUUUUUUGAAAAUCCAAUUAUUUUGUAUUUUCUAUUUAUUUCAUACACAUCAUAUUAUUCUACCCUAUUACUAUACGUAAACUAUAAACAUGGACACGGUAACUGGUAAGUACUUUGAACCACGGUUAUACAUUUUUUAUUUUCAUUAAAAUACAAUAAACUCGACAGGGCACACUAUGACGUCAUUGGCUAUUGAGAAUCAAGAUGAUCGUAUAUCGCAUUGCACGGCAGUAUAUAAUAUACAUAACAAAGAUGGAAUCACUAUAUAGUAGAUCCUUUGAUUACUUUGAAAACGUGCUGCUACACACCAAGCAUUAAAAAACAUAUACCGCCAUUGUGUUCGUGUCUGUUUUCAAUAAUAUUUCAUAAAGAGAGGAUUAGCUGGGCUCGUUUGAGAAUAAACAGCAUAUUACCCGUUUACGUUCAAAUAUAUAUAUAUAUAUAUAUAUAUAUAUGUAUAAUAUUUAUGCUAUUCUUUUGAAGCUUCAUACGCGGCGUUACGUCGGUCACGUGUCUUUCUCAUUAGUCUAAACUUGUUAAGGGCCGGUAAUCCCGAAAAAGUAACGACGUAUUAUUAGUUAUAUUUUUAUUUUUAAAUAAAUAAAUAAGUUACCCCCGUUUUCGAAAUAGCAAACUAAAGUUUUUUGUUGUUGCCCGGGCCAGUCAUUCUCUGAGGGUGGCGAUGAACCGGUUAUUUCUUGUGUAUGUAAAUUUCUCACGCUAAAUCCCUUCAUUAAAAAUCGCACACAUUUAGCAUUUGAAUACAAGUAAAAAUAUUUUGCAAUAAUAAAGUGCAAAAUGUAUAGACCAUAUACGAAUACAUAAUUGUGUAUGGUUUUAUUUGUUUCCCGUUUGACAAACAAACCGACCCAUUAAAUAUAUAAUAUUUCAUAAUUUCAUAUCGUCGGAAAAAAACAGAACAAUAUAUUGUUAUUAUGCAUGAAGUGCGAAAUACAAAUAAAUUGCGCUUUAAAAAAAAUGUAUUUUUUAACAACUUAAAGUAGGUAGAUUCUUCCACAAUACAUAUCGGUGGUAUGCGAUCUUAGGAUUUUAAAUUAACAGGCUUAAUACGAAAAAAAUGUAUAC